AUUAUUAAAGGGUGAUGAUGUGCCAUACUGGCUGAUCUAUCAGAUAAAAGUAUUACAUUGUUUGAAGCUGAGAAACUAUAAUUUAAUGAUUCAUAGAAUUAUCCGAAUUAGUUACGUGUCAAGCGACCUCCAUGUUCCUGUUAGUGAGAAUGGCAUUUCUUUGGGACUUUAGUAGUCUACUGCCGAUGACUACACAUUUAAACUUUUAUAUAAACUAAUUGCAGUUAUUCACAAAUGCUAUCAGUUCCUAGUUGUGCUGUAAAAACAGUUCAAAUGUAAUUAACACAGCUUCUUCUCAGCAGGUGAACCACAUUACUGACGAGUUGGUUCAUACAGGCACACAUGAUGGAUAAUUCAAUAAAAGAAACUACCCUAUAGAGACCAAUGUAUAGCUGUGAGGUAACAACACUGAAUGUUCCCUCUAAAAAACUUUAAAGGAGCAUGUAUAGAACAGACAUGCUUCAGCCUGAAACCCUUAUCAGCCUUCAUCAUUAAUGAAAAGAACAAACAAAGGCAGAACCUAUAGAGCUCUCUUCCUGUCACAGCGGCGGUUAGAUGGGGAUAAAGUCUAGUAGACAUUACCACCUACUCUCGUCACACACCCUGGCUAAAAACCUCUGUCUCAACUGAACCUGAUCCUGUCAGGUCUUUUGUUACAUCGGUAUGUUUAAACAUUACCUGAGGCACAUUUCAUUCAUGUUUGCACAAUCUCACCUGUAGCAUACUGUAUACGAUGAGCCAAUAUUCAAUGUAAAGGAACUGAACUUGAAUUUAAACAAAAGUGCAUUCUAUAGGGUAAAUGUGUGCGAGAGCGCAAACAUACUUGAUUGAGGAACCUAAAGAGCCGCGGAUGAACGUGUCAAAUGAAUGAAGACGCAGCUUCAUAAUUGCAAAAACGUUGCAAUGUGUUCAUUAUGAGACUGACAGAGUGAAUGAGUCCACACGCCUUCUUCCCACCUGACAGCGUGUGGGCAUGCCCAUGUAACAGCAUUUACACGGGCAUGCACAGUCUCACUUUAACCUCCUUUGACACUGAUGUCCUCUUGCCAUAGUCGUCUUAAAUCAGUGUUUUCAAACCCUGUUCGCACAGCUAAGACAUAAUCUUAUCUAUGCCAAGAAAAAUCCAAUCAGCUACCCGCUGGAGUUCAGGUUGAUGCACGCUUGUGAGUUUGUAUGUACACAAUGGCCGAGUAGCUGUUUGUCCGUGCAUGUGUGCGUGUCCGCCCUCCUCCGUAGGACGGCGAUCCAGGUUUUGUUGUGUGUGUGUGUGUGUGUGUGCGUGGAGUUGGGCUGGGUGAGUAAGCCGCCCCUCACAGAUGAAUAGAGGAUGGGAGGAGGCUUGAAGAGGCUGCCGUGGGUGGGAGGCCCAAGCCCUGCCAAAAAAGCUCCUUCUGUGGGAUUUGUGUACUUUUGAGUUCCUCACGAAACACAGCGCUUGGCUCAAACGACAAAGCGAGCCAGGGAGGCAGGCACUCGUACUCCCAGAGGUCGGCUCGAUCGAACCCUCUCUGCUUUUCAUGCUAUAUUCUUUCUUUCCGUUUACAAUUUCUCCAUUUCCACCAUUCUCCUCUUUUUUUUCGCUCCCUCUGUCCCUGCUGCUGCUUUUCAUCACAUUUGUCUUUAAUAAAGUGAUUAUGUUCACAUACCUUAACAGCUGGCAGCAACAAUUUGCCCCCAAACCAGCUCUUUAGCAGUUCGGAGAAACUACAGUAAGCCUUUUGUAAAAAAUAGAAAUGUGUUUAUAUUAUUAUUGAUAUGUAUUCAAAUACCGUCAAGAAUGUGUUAUUUGCAUCAGUAUGUAACAUUAAUUAUAAGGUGUAUUUUUUAUUUAAACUUAAUUGCAACACAUCAGCAGCUGCUGAGACUGAAUACCUUCAUGAAAUACCUUUAACUUUUUAUUUAAUAUGAAUUACUCAUAAUGCUAUACCCCUUGUACUAGCAUUAUCUUUCCCUAAUGUUUUUUGUUUUCCCCACCAGGAUCAAUAUCAAUUAUCUGUCACACGUUUCGCGUGUGACAGAUAAUGUGACAGAUAAUGUGACAGAUUGUGUCGCGGCCACAAUCUGCAUUGUGCUUGUGCAACGAAGCAUUUCACACACAAAAUUGUGGGUGUUUCCUGAAUGUUACCUAGAUAAUAGAAAAUAGGCCUCUGUAACCACUGGCAACCCACCUAAGCCUCAGCCGAGUGACAAGUGCAAAGAGACAUCACUCUGAGUUUAGCAAUCUCUAAAUUAAAACUGUACUUUGUAGAACAGGUCUGCAGGAAACAGAGAGUUGAUUGUCAUUCAGCAUUAGGGUGUUGGGUGAAGAAAAGAAGACAGGAAGAAAAAAAAGAAGAGCAUGAUUUCAUAAUGUCUAAAAGAAAGAUCUGGGUUGAAUAAGUGGGUCCACCCACCUGUGUGUGAGAGGCAGCGAGAGAGAAAGCGGGGCUGGAUGGUAGUUUUAGAGACAUGAGUGUGUGGGUUAGGCUAGCUGGCCUGCUUAUGCUAUCUAAUCACUGGGAGAGAAAGCAGAGCAGCAUGCCUUGAUCCACCCACCCACCCCAGACAAACAGCAGUUAGCCUGCUAAGUACUAUAUGUGGUGCCCUGCAGCUCAGGGCUGUACAUGGGGGGGGGGGGGGAAACAGAGAAUGAAAUGUGACAGACUCGGUAUAGGUAACAGACAUUCAGCACAAUUAUGUCUCAUUCUGUGCUGGGGAGGAAGAGAGAUGUGUCAAUCUGGAAGCCACUAUGGGUCACGACUGUGACCCAUGUGAGAGUGUGUGUGUGUGUGUGUGUGUGAGCGUGAGUGUGAGGCAUGCUUGGUGUGUGUCACUGGUGAAUGUGUUGGCCAUACUCCAGCAGGUUUCAGGUAUAAAACUAAAGAGAGCUCAUUGACUGAUUUUUAACCCAAAUGGAUAUAUUUGUUUUAACCCAAGGCUAAGCACUGGAAAUAAGUAAUGGAUUCACUCGUGAAACUCCAAUAUGCACCCGUCAGGUAACAAAAACAAUCACACAUGUCAAAGUCUUCUUUGUCUCGGAUUAUCAGCGGCCCUAGUAACAUGAAUUAUGUUACUGCUGAGUUGAUUUCACGGCUUCUCUUUUGUCAUGUGGGUCAGACACAGACUAGUUACCGGUGUGAUACCUGAGUGGGUGGGAUGAGAUUGGGUGCGAGUCCAAAAAUAGCUGACCUACGCAUCACACUAUUGUAUUUUUGAGUGUGCAUGUGGUCGAAUGUGGUCCGCCACGCUAUGCAUGUGUGUGUGUGUGUAUGUGUGUGUGUGCCAUGACAGGCAUCUGUCUCCCCUGCCCUGCAGCCUGACUGGUUUUAAUUAGGAGGUGCCAGAGUGCCCGAGGGCUCUCCUGCUGACACACACACAUACACAUGCGCGCACACACACAAACAGGCCUACACACACACACACACACCUGAGGGCAGACAGAGGCUGUCCCGCCAAGGCCGGCCUCCUUCUCGUUAUCACCACAAGGAGUUGUCCUCGUUCACCCCACGACCCUCCCAACACGCACACACACACACACACACACACAAAUAUUCACACCAAGCAAAUCAAACAAACACAAUACAGAAAUUCUGAAGCGACAACGUGGAAGUGGUGGCUCGGAGGUUUGACAACUCGUAGAUUUUGUUUGCAUUUCCAUAUCAUAAAAUCUCCCUUAAACAUAAAGAAUAAUUAUAUUUGUCUCCCACAUACAUUCAAGCUACCCUCACCCACAGCAGUGAGUUAAUUACGGCCACCUGCAAAACACUGUAACUCCAUGCAGCUUGUGUACUUAACCUCCCUUCAAGCUUCCGAUACUGAUUAAGGUGUUUGAAAAAGAAAAAAGACAAAACAGGGGGAAAGUUAAAGCACAAACGGACAGGUCAGCAGAAGGGAAACGCCCUCACCUCACUCACCCGAGUGGCAUGCUCCAAGGUGAGUUCUAAUGACCUGACAGAUAGGUGUGCGUCUCUGUGAUUGAGCGAGGCAGAGCGGUACGGUAGGUUUAACACAUGCCUGCCUAACCUUUGUGUUACAUUGCGUCUGUGUGUGUGUGUGUGUGUGUGUGUCCUUGGACUGGAGACAGGGGGUGUAGCCCUGGGAGGCUGCUGCUAUGCUCUAUCUCUGGACUGUUGGGGGAUGAUUGCCUCCCUUUCCUGCUUCUCUCCCACACCAAGCCACACCUGGGCUCCGACCCACCAGGGUAAAGGGCCUAAGUCGGGCAUUUCUUUUGUGCUUAUCUGUCGCUACAGUUAUUAAUUCAGGGAAGGUCUGAUAACCAUGAACUCUGUUUCCACGUUAUUUUGCCAUCUACACAUUGCCAAAUUAUUUUAAACCGAUUGUGAACUUCUCUCUCAAGCUCCUUUUUUCACACAACUACUUCUGCCACUUCUGAUGUGUACAAGCUAGUGGAACCAUAUGAAUGCCUUCCAAGAGACACGGUGUAAAAAUGUGGCACUAGAGGGCUCUGUCACUUGCGUGAAACGAAACGACUGAUUUUACCUCUUUUUUUGUUCAAUGACAAAUAAUAUUAACAGCAUUAAGUGAUCACACUAAGGGCUAGUACAGGUCUUAAUAUUCAAGGAACCAAAUUCAUAAUGACAACAAGCCUGUGUGUGAGACUUUUGUUUUACUGAAACACGCAAAUUAGUGCUCUAUGGUAUGUGACUGCAUUGCUACUACAUUAAGGUCUGAGUUGUUAGUUUUCAGAGAGAAAUCUUACUGCUUAUGAUAUUGUACAGCAUCAAAGUCACCACGAUAUCAACUUCAUGUAAUGAUGCUUCACACACCCACCCACCCCCCUGCAAAGUGCCAAUCUGGUGCCCUGGUACAUGUAUCGUGCUGGGCGCAGCAGGUGGCAGUAAACAGGUAUGUUGAGACGCCAGACAGACAAACAAAACAGAUGACUCUUACUCAGCCCCCUUGAGUCCUUUCUUGUUUUGUGACUUUUAGCACAAAGACUGAGCGACGAGACUCACCACAUGUUGGUGAAGCCUAACACUCGCGGAGGACAGAGGGCGGAAAGGCACCGUCAUUUAGCCUGAUGAUUAUAUACCAAAGAAAUAUAAAAUGCAGAAGCACCAACAUAAUUUUUCUUGUUCAUUCGACAGUAAUAUAAUUCAUUUCAUGCUUGUAUUAUAUCCGCCAUGCUAUACUGUGUGCACAUUGCAAGUGGGCUGAAACACCUAAGAGCUGCAAAGCAAAAGAAAGUGUAUUUUACAUGUCACACGUCUGCCCAAGUUUGCAGAGUUUAGAACAAAGCAGUCCACACAGGUACCACUUACAGUGUGCUGCUAUGACGGCAGUGACGCGUUUAGAAUAGAUAGCCGAUCUUAUACGAUGGCAAAUGUUGUUUUUCUGGCCGUCUGGCGGGCCUGCUAGCAGUUAGUGGCUAACCCUGUUUAUAUAUACUAGAUGCCAAUGUGAGCUGGCCUCAGCUCUCACCCGGGACAAAACAGUGUAAACCACCAGGGCAUGGGCUGUGGUUUGCUUUAGUCCAUGUUUUCCCCAAAGGGAAGUGGGCAUAGCAGUCUGAUGUCCCCUAUGAUGUCUACUUGUUUGUGGAGGUUAACUCAACACAAUUUGACUGCUUUCACAGUCUGAUUGUCAGUUAUGAUUCGGAUGAUUUGGUUAGAAAUAUUUUAGUAGAUUUGAAGAUCGUGUAACCACUAAGAUAACAAUCCUGCAUUUCCUCACUUUAUGAAGAAGAGGAUGUUCUUAAUUGUAUGUUAGAUAAUCAAAUUUACUUAUCAUCUGUACCACUGUUUUGUUUUUAGGUCUGUCGGACAAAACAUAGUCCUCCUUAAGUGUAAAAUAAACGCAAGCCACAACCUCCGGUUCUGAAAAAUGAAGCCAACAAGGAAGGGCCAAAAACUGCAGUUUUUUUAAAUGGCUUCAUGAGGCUCUCUCCAAAAUUGAGUCAAUGUUUACAGCCUUUUACAAAAAACUAUUUUGGUCUUUAUUGCUUAUUUCCCCCUUAUUGACGACACUACGAGGGGUGAAUUAUUAUUCAACUCACCAGUUAAAAUUAGGCAUAAUUGAGGGCGUGGACGCUUUGAGCGACAGGUGGGUGUCGUCUCAGGUCAGGAACUGCUAACUGCGAUAGCUGUCUCCUCUACUGCCUCAGCGCCACUGACAAUCCGCCUCUUUGGAUUAGCCGGGAGUUAGGUUGUGUCAUCACUUCCAAGAUGGAAGACCACAGAGACUACUUGCGUAUUUUAUAAAGUCUAUGCCCAAGCGGUGAAGCCCUCCUGCUGUAAGCAAACUUAAUUGAAAAAAGAAUAAUACAAUAAUACAAAGGGGCGUGGCUUAAUGAUGUCAUACAGGAAAGCCCAAUGGCUUUUUCAGAUCCUGUGAAUGUGCUAUGUCAUAACAUGUGUCCUGUCUGUGGAAGCAAAGGAAAAGCUUUUUCUCUCUUUCUUGCUGUGUCAUAAAACACACACACACACACACACACACACACACACACACACACACACAAUAUAACACGACCUAAGGAAGCAGUAUUGUAAGCCAUGCUCUGUGCCAUUACGUUUUGUUUCCAUGAACUUGUAACAGCAAACUCACAUUUUCGUGACGUUUAAUAUUUACCCAAUCACCUGCUAAACAGGCUCCCUCUUCUAAACUGAACUGGCUUAUUUCUAUACCUUUCUGCAUAAACGUCCUCCUCCUCCAUGUAGAGGUGGUGGUCUGCUCACCAACUGUUACCGUGCUUCUUUGGCAAUUUUCUGACUCAAAACAGGAAUCUGGCGUUGGCUUUCUGUUCUCUUCAACCUGGUUUUUGAAACCUUGGUUUAAAAAAAAACAAGAAAACGUUUCUACAAAAUGGAAAAUAAAACUGCAAACAGGUUGUGGUAUCUUUUUAGCGCUUGUGGUUCAAUUCUGUCUCAGAUAUUGUCUGUGAUAAAUGUAGUAAUAUUUUCCCUCAAAAUGAACACCAUUGACUGAGUCAGCCACUUUUAUAGGGUUCUGACUGCAGGGUGCCACAUGCUAAAGUGUGUUAAUGUGUUUUCAGUAAUUAGUCUGUUGUGACUGAGUGUUUAUGGGGGCUACACAUACCCAGCGCGCACCUCGUUGUCUUUAACCCUCCAUAGUCGGAACACAUGCACAGAGGUCUCAAAGAGCCUGUUGUAUGUUAGUUUGAGUAAGGCAUUUAGUUUUGGGCGGAACCAUAUUUAAGAGGAAAGAGAGAAUAGCAGGACUCUAUUUUAAACAGGUGUUAAACUGAAACUAACUGGCUUUAAGUUGUAGCUUUCUCGGAGUGACUACUUUUAGUCCUGUAUAUCUCUUCAUCUCAGCUUGAGACCAACCAAAAGAGGUGCACAAAAUAGUUUCCCAACUUUUCUCUCUCUUUCUCCUUUCCUUUUUUUUAACCCUCCCUCAGUCUCCCCAAACAACCCCUUCGAGUUUCUUUGCCCCGGUCCCUUUAUACCAAAAAUCCACUCUUAACACAACUAAAAAUUCAUUUUGUCUGACCUAAAUCAGAGGGUGUCUGCGCCAUGGGCUUAUUACACAGUGCGCUUAAACUUGUGUUGUGGAGGAGGAUGGGGUAUUAUUAUCUUCCAGCUACCCACCCUGCUAUAAAAACUAGUGGUGCGACAUCUCCACAGCGCAGUGCUGCUGCCCUCCCUCCCUUCCUCUCACUCUCUCGCUCGUCCUACAUGAGCCACACACAACAGUGAGCCUGACUCUUUACUCCACACUAGCCACUCUGCUACACAGACAGACCCAAGAAUCACACUGUUCUCCUCUGUUGCGCUGCUUUAGCUUCUCUUCAUUGGAUAUUCCUCCUCGGGUGUUUUUUUUUUCUUUAUGUAUUUUUGUGAAUGGGCAUCCGUGGCCGGUGUGGGGAGCUGGUGAAUGGACUGACCGCCUGGCUGACUGAUUGACAGACUGGCAAAGAGAGAGGCAGCUGAGAUUCAAUUAAAAAGGGCAAUGCUGAGAGGUCAAGCGAGGAGCAACAGAGCUUCUUCGUAGUCUGGAAAUACAAAGACACGUGAGGGGAAUCAAGAAACUGAAGGCACGAUAACAGCAGAGAGGAGAAUGGUUCAUCACAGAGAGGAGGACCGGAUUGGGAUCCCCUUCCCAAAUCACAGCAGUGAUGUCCUCUGCAGCCUCAAUGAGCAGCGCCGUGACGGGCUGCUCUGCGAUGUCGUCCUCAUCGUCCGUGACCAGGAGUACCGCACCCACCGCUCCGUUCUGGCCGCCUGCAGUCAGUACUUCAAGAAGCUCUUCACAGUGGCCACCGCUGAUGGUGAUCAUCAUCACACGGCGGCCGUGUACGAAAUCGAAUUUGUGGCCCCGGAGCCCCUCACAGCCAUCCUGGAGUUCGCCUACACAUCCACUCUAACCGUGACGGCGUCCAACGUGAAAGAGAUCCUGAACGCAGCUCAGAUGCUGGAGAUCCCCUGCAUCAUCAAUGUUUGCCUGGAGAUCAUGGACAGCGGGGGUGGAGGCGGCGGCGGAGGCGAAGGAGGGAGAGCGGAGGAGGGAGAGGAGGAAGAGGAGGAUGCAGAGGAAGACGAGGAGGAGGAGGAAGAAGAAGAAGAGGACGAGGAGGAGGACGAGGGGUCGAGGAAGGACGAGCAGGAGGACGAGGAGGACAAUGUCAGCGAGAGGUCGCUGCAAUCGUCGGAGAGCAGGGGGGAGCAGACGCCCCCGGGGACGGAGGACUCGCCGCCUCCUAGCACCUCCAAGUACCACCAGCAGUUUGACCUGCACAGAGAGUCCCAGUCUCCAGACACCAUGAGAGGGAAACAGGAGAGUAUGGAGAGUCGGGCCUUGAAGGAUUUCUCCAUCGAAUCUCUCCUCCAGGAGGGUCUCUACCCCCGUAUGUCAACACUGGACAGGAGGGCCAACUUCUCUCCUCUCCUGCCAGGCUUCUACCCCUCCAUGUGGGCUGCCGAGUUCCCAACCUUCCCCAAGCAGCUCCUAAACACAAACCACCACCAGCAUCCCCACGCGGGGGCACCACAGCACACCAGGCUCCCCCACCCCUUCCCCAUCUCCGCUCCGCUUGACGCCUCAAGGCCACUCAAUCUGGCAGCGAAAAGAGGGAUCAUAAAGGAGGAGAUUAAAGAGGAAAUCCCGCUCAGUCUGCUCCACGGCGACUUCCUGAAGGAGUUCGUCAGCUCGGGCCUAGGCAGCACCAUGAACACUGGGUCAGUGCCGUCAGAAGGUCACGCUCUGGGUCCGAUAAAGGAUGAGGCCGACUUCCGGUCAUACCUGAGCUUCCUGAGCUCCGCUUCCCACCUGGGGGCGCUGUUCCCUCCCUGGCAGCUGGAGGAGGAGAGGAAGAUGAAGCCUAAAGCGUCGCAGCAGUGUCCAAUCUGCAACAAGGUCAUCCAAGGAGCUGGGAAACUGCCGCGGCACAUGAGGACACAUACAGGGGAGAAACCGUACAUGUGCACUAUCUGUGAAGUUCGAUUCACCAGACAAGACAAACUCAAGAUCCACAUGAGGAAGCACACCGGUGAGCGCCCCUACAUCUGCCUCCACUGCAACUCCAAGUUUGUCCACAACUACGACCUGAAGAACCACCUGCGUAUCCACACGGGCGUCCGUCCGUACCAGUGCGAGCACUGCUACAAAAGUUUCACGCGGUCCGACCACCUGCAUCGACACAUCAAGAGGCAGAGCUGCCGCAUCUCCCGCCCCCGGCGAGGACGAAAACCAGCUGCUUGGCGGUCCACACCCACCAGCAACUUCCUGUGCCCACCUACUGCUGCCACCAACAACCGGUUUGAGGAGAACGGGUUAGGCCCCGCUUACCAGGGGGUCAAGGGUCACGGACUUGGGGAGAUGCUCGGCAACAGGGGUCUCGGUUUUAAGAGCGGGGACGGCAGGGAGGACCGGCGAGCGGAGGGGAAGGGCGUCGCAGAGGGGGAGAAGGCAGCAGCAGGGAGGCAGAGGGGAGUGUUUGCCUUCGCCCUGGCUGGAGAAGAAGUGCUUACCCACUCUCCUUUUUAUGCUGCGACCCCCGACCCCUGGACCAUGAGACUGGAGCGCGCUCCACCCAUCCCUGAGCCAGCCAAAUGAACUGUGGUCCGUGGAAGAAAAAACAAAAAGACAAGAAAAAAAAGUCUCUUGAAUCUCUGCGUCUGUUCUGCUCCAGGAAGUGAAAGCCCCUUUGUCAAAAAGUGAAAGUGAGAUCAAUUAACCUUUUGAAGGCUGCUGAGUCGCAGGAGUAUAACAGACUUGUUUUCCUGAUGGUCAGACACAGUCUAAUUAUAUCAUUUCAAAGAUGUCACGUUAAGUAAUUGUUUACAAAAUAUUUUGAUAGCAUUUAAAAGGAGGCAAACAGUUUGACACUGCUGAUGAGGACAACCAUCGGAAUGCUGUUAUAUAUAUUAUUUGCAUUAUUUAUCUACAAGGUUGUCUAAAAUGCUAUUAAUUCUAAAACAUCUCAAUUCUACAAUGUCCUCUGAAGCAAGGCGCGAUGAGGCUUUUAUACUGAAAAGUAUUCAUGUGCAGUCAAAUAUAAGAAUCAGAGCAGGACCUAUUGCAAUUGUUACAACGCUGAAUUAGUGACUAUGAUGAAUGUAAACUAAAAAAUACAUAACAAAAGGUUAUUAUAACGUUUCAGUCUCAUAAUGAAAGGGAAGUGAAGUAGACAUAAAUUAAUAAAAUACAGUUUAAAUAAAAUAAAAAUAAGCCUUCAUCUAAACAAAUAACAGUGAGUUACAUUUUGAAUAGUUGUGUUUUAAGUGUUAAAAAAGGACCGGUGCUUUAAAAAAGAAAAAAAACAUUAAAAAGGGUUUAUUAGAGCAGGGCGUAGUCUGGCACAUGUCCUGUAAUGUUUGAUCCUGAUAUUGUUAUUUAAUGAUAUUCCAAAACAAAGGGAACCCACUUGAAGUCUAAUAAAUCAGGACAUUUGAUAAUGUGUUAUUAGCCUUUCACUGCCUUGUUCUGGUUUAAGCUCCUCGUCUGCACUAUUGUACAUAGACACAAACUUUUUGGCCAUGGUGUUGUUACUUACAGUUGCGUUGCUGAUGUAAAAAAAAACAUAUAUAUAUAUAUAUUGAUCUUUAAAAGGCAUCCAUCCAAAGAUGUGUACUUUGAUAUUUCAAAGACUUGAAUACGACUUUGUUUAAAUGUUUAUGGAUAUGUGUCUUCAGAGGAUGUACAUUUCUGACUAAUCAACUGUCGCUUUAGCUAUACAGUAUGCUUGUGUUUUCUCUGCUGCAACAAAUCAAGAGGGCUUCAGCCCCGUUUUUUCAUAUAAUGUUCAUCUCUGAUUUGUGUAUAAAGAAGUGAUUUGAAUUUGAAUUGAAAUGGGAAAGUAUUUUCUUGCUAUUUAUGCAUAUUUAAAUGAAUGAGCCUUGGCUAUAUUUUGCAAAUCUGUUUUAUAAAGACACUAAAUGUUGAACUUCGCUCUUCUUUCGGAGUAUUUUUUUUCAUAAAAUGACCAAGUUGCAUGCGUGUGAAUGUCUGUAUUGUCCCGGUUCUAAGCGGUCUCCCCGUGGUUAUUGAGUAAUGUUAACACAGUAUUGAGUCAGUAUUGAGUCAGUGCGAUAUGAAACCAAAUUGGGUCAAAUUUAACACAGUGAUUUCUUUGAUGUGUACAUUUUUUUCUGAAACUUUUUGCAUUUCGCAUAAAGUUUGCUACUUCUGUAAAAUGAUUUAAAUCAACUUUUAAGUAAAACUAUUUGUUUUAUUUUCAUGGAUCAUAUUUAGCACGGACCAAUGCCACACACCACAGCAUUUACACGCCUGGAUGGGUCUUUAAAAUAUGCAAAACUCAACAAGAAAAUACAUACAAAACAGCACAAAACACAACCAUUGAUACAAUAAAUAAAAUAAAACCCUGCAUUACAUUAAAUCCCAACUACAUGAAUGAUCCUUCUUUAAAAGCUGAGCCAAAACGAUCUCAGUCAUGAUCCAAUUUGAUCUGUGGGUGAGGAGUUCCACAUAAUGAGGAUUUAGGAUUACCGGCCUCUUACCGGCCUCUUACCAUCCCUUUAAAACCCUGAGAGGUACCAGCAGGUCACUGAGCACCUUGGGUGGUU